AUGGACAUUUCCGAGUUAGCCAAGAAGCUCCAACUCUCCGAUUCCAAACUCCUCAUUCGUAAAGCCGCUGAACUCCGUCGCCUCUGUGACGUCCAAUUCGAUUCUUCGGUUAUCGGAGUCGGCGAGGUUGCUAAAUCUCUCAUCUGCUUGGAAAUUGCCGCAACUAGGCUCAACGUUCUCUUUGAUCGAUCUUCUGCGGUGAGGCUCAGCGGAAUGUCCGAAAGGGCUUAUAUCAGAUCCUACAAUUCCCUCCAUAACGGCCUUGGCGUCAAGAUGAAGCUUGAUGUUAGGGAAUUAGCUAUUCAGUUUGGUUGUGUUCGCAUUAUUCCUCUCGUUCGUGACGGUCUCAAGCUUUAUAAAGAUCGAUUUGUUUCGUCAUUGCCUGCCUCUCGCCGUGCUAGUGCUGAUUUCACUCGUCCUGUGUUCACUGCAGUUGCUUUUUAUUUAUGUGCUAAAAAACACAAGUUGAAGGUAGACAAGCUUAAGCUAAUUGAACUUUGUGGUACAUCUGAAUCUGAAUUUUCUAGUGUUUUUACUACCAUGAAGGAUUUAUGUCAUGACGUUUUUGGAGUUGCCAAGGAAAAGAAAGAUCCUAAGGAAGUAAAAUCAAAUCGAGACUUACUUGAUGUUUUACCAAGUAAAAGAAAACUUGAAGAAGGUGGUUAUUUGUCUGAUGAUGGUGCUGAGCUUUCAAGUUAUAAAAAACGCAAGCAAACUGAAAAACGUGAUUAUGAGAAGUGGAAAUCUUCUGUGCUUGCAUCCAACAAAGAAAACAACACAGAAGCGCCUUGCAAGCGAACCAAACAGGCUCGCCUCAACUUUCUCAAUGAAUCUUCUGAGACUCAGAAGUUGGAAGCCAUGUGAGAUGGCAUUGUUUCUCUUCAUGAUGAUU